AUGGGCAAGUCCAGACGCAACCGCGCCGGUGCGCGCAAAGAUCCCCUCGCAAAACCUGUCAAGCCGCCUUCAGAUCCAGAGCUCGCCGCUCUGCGCGAGGCCAAGAUUCUCCCCGCCAUCAAGGACCUCAAGAGCACCGACACCAAGAAGCGUACCGCUGCUGCUUCUGCCAUCUCCAACAUAAUUCAGGAUACCAAGUGCCGCAAACUCCUACUCCGCGAGCAGGUCGUCCACACCAUCCUCAACGAGACAAUCACCGACACAGCUCUCGAGAGCCGCGCUGCCGGCUGGGGAAUCCUCCAAGUUCUUGCGCAGGAGGAAGAAGCCGACUUUUGCAUUCAUCUCUUCAGAUCGGAUGUGUUGACUGCUAUUGAGUAUGCUUCAAAGAACUUCACACAACGAAUUACGGCUACCGAACCCAAGUUCUCCAAACUCCCCAAAGCCGAACAAGAUACCAUAACCAGCAUCAUUGGAUCUCUCCUGUCUCUUCUUACCGCUCUCGCCGAGGCUGGUGACGACAUUCUCGAGGCCAUCGCAUCCAACCCUACGCUUACACAGCUUCUUGUUGUGCUCAUCACAAAACAUGAUGAUAUCUCGAGCGAAUCUGACAGCGCAUCGAGCCUCCGACCCGAUGCAUUGGCUUGCUUGAUGUUGCUAUGCGAGGAUAACGACAAGCUGGCGCAAGCCAUCAGCACUGCCGGAAACGAUACAUUUGAGACGCUCCUGUCUCUCAAGGACAAGCUCGACGGCGAAGGCGUGUUGGCCUGCGCCAUCCUACACAACCUCUUCGCCUCACUGGAAACGUCACGAGAGGCGCAAAUACCGAGCGAGGCCGACGAGUCUAUCUUGAUACCCACCCUCACCAAAGUCCUUGCUGCGUAUUCCGCCGACGAGCCUCCCGCUGCUGGCGAGAGCUGGUCUGACGCAGCUCAGUACCAGCAGCUGGCCCUCGAGACCCUUGCCUCUAUUGGUACCAGCUUGAUUGCUGUCAUGGGCGGUCCUGCCGAAGCUGUCAAGGCUGCCGGCAAGAACGAAGCUCGUGCUCCCAAGGGAGAAGACGCGGCCGAUGACGAAGACAUGGAUGAAGCGGAUGACGAUGUACGCUCAGAGAGCGGUGACGAGGGCAUGGACGAGGAGGAAGACGAUGACGAAAUGACUCACGAAGAAAUGCAAGCCGACAUGGAUAUGGUUCUUGGUGGCGACGAAGACGACGAAAAUAUUGACGAUCUUCCCGUUCUGCAGGCUCUGCUGAAAAAAGCGCUCCCCGAGCUCAUCCGCAUUGCCGCUUCCCAGCCUUCCAAUGAAGUCUCGAUGGAUAUGCAAGGCCAUUCUCUGUCCGCUCUCAACAACAUCGCAUGGUCUCUUUCGGUGGUGGACUUCUCUGAUGACCACAACGCCGGCAUCCUCGCCGCCUGGUCACCAGCUGCCAAGUCCAUCUGGAAUCAGGUCAUCUCUCCCAUUCUCGCCUCCGACACCGCCGAUCUCGGCCUCGCCACGCAGGUGACCGGUCUCUCCUGGGCCGUUGCGCGCGCCCUGCGCAGCAAGACACCCCUCAAGCCGGACGAGCAGCGCAAGUUCAUCACCCUCUACCAAGUCACCAAGGGCAGCAGCGGCACCGAGCAGCCGCAGGACGAGGACCCGUUCCAGAGCCUCGGCGUCAAAUGCAUCGGCGUCGUCGGCCAGCUGGCGCUGGACCCGUGCCCCGUGGACAUGAACCGUGAGCUCGGCACGUUCCUCGUCACCGUCGUCUCGUCGCUGCCGCAGACGCCUGCGGCAGAGGCCGUCGAGGCGCUCAACCAGCUCUUUGAAGUCUACGGCGACGAGGACUUUGCGUACGAUGCUGAGGUGUUCUGGGCCAACAGCUUUGCCAAGCAUCUCGAGGAGGCUGUCCCCAAGGCGCGCACCAUGGCCAAGUCGGUGGACAAGAAGACGCAGCCGGAGCUGAGACAGCGAGCUGAUGAGACUGUCUUGAACUUGACGAGGUUCCUCGCAUACAAGGCAAAGCACAAGCCCAAGAACUAA